CAUAAUUUAAUUAUGAGCACAAAAAAAACCUAGAAGGUUAUAAGCAAAAAAUAAAAAAUUGUUGAAAAAUAAAAUCAAGAAUCUUCAAAUAAGGAUUAAAAAAUAAAAACUAAAAUCAACAGAUUGGAAUAAUAAACUUAAGAAAGAUAAAAUGGAAUAAUUUAUGUUGGUCAUUUACCUUAUGGUUUUGUAGAAGAAGGAUUAAAAGAAUACUUUACAUAAUUUGGUGAUGUGAUAGGAGUCAAAUUAUUUAGAAGCAAAAAAGUAAUCCAUAAAAUUUAUAUAUUUUUAGACUAAUAGAGCCUAAGGUUAUGGUUUCAUUAAAUUUGCUGAUAAGGAAGUGGCACCAAUUGCAGCAUAAGCUAUGAAUGGUUAUUUAAUGAAUGGAAAGAAGUUAAUUGUCAAUGUAUUAAGCGAGGAACAUCCUGAUCCUUUCAAAUAUAAGCAUGGAAAUUAAAAAUUAUUUUUUAUUAAUUGGUCAGAAAAAGCUGUUGAAGAUUCAAACAAAGUAUCAUCAUAAUUCUAAUUAGGAAAAAUCCAAUGAAUAAAUUGUAAAAGAAGUUUAAAAGUUAUUAGAAAAUGAAGAAAAAAAGAGAUAAAAACUAAAAGAAUUAGGAAUCAUUUACACAUAUCCAGGAUUUGUAUAUAUUUUAUUUAUUCCCAUUAUAGAAAGAAUAACUUAAAGCUUGAAUUGGUUAAUGAC